AUGAGAUCCAGAUCCUUCGCGUUCGGGAGCCUCUUGCUCUGCGCGGCAACCACCGCCAGUGCCGGCUUGUUCGCCCAGCUCGACCUCGAUUCCAACCCUCUCUCCCGCCGCCAAAUCGCCGUAAGCCUCGACGGCAACUGCGGCCUCAUCAAAGGCGUCCUCACCACCUGCCAGGGCAGCGCCGAAGGCGACUGCUGCAGCCGUCUCGGCUUCUGCGGCGGCAACAGCUCCUACUGCGGCGACGGCUGCCAGACGCGCUUCGGCACCUGCGGCGACGCCAACAUCUCCACCGACGGCACCUGCGGCGGCGCCAAGGGCCUCUCCUGCAUCGGCUUCAGCCUGGGUAACUGCUGCAGCGAAAGGGGUUUUGCGGCGGCGACGACGCCUACUGCGGCACGGGCUGCCAGUCCGAGUUUGGCGAGUGCGGCGCCGUCGCCGGCACGCCGGCCCCGACUCCCACGGCGACCGGGAAUAGGCAGCAGACCUCGACCACGGGUUCCGGCGCGCACGGGCACGGUGUCGACUCCUGAUAGUGGGACGGAUGGUCCUGAUAGCGGGACAGAUGGCGCCGACCAGAGUUCGGUGAAUGGCGAUAGUGUUGACACGAAUACCGGGGGCGGUACCAGCAAUGCCUUGAAGAUUGGGCUGGGCGUCGGCAUCAGCGCGGGCGUUCUCGUCAUCUUGGCCAUCGUUGCCCUGCUCUUCCGCCGCAGGAGGAGGCAGGCGGGCCCGUCGGUCCCAGAAAAGGACGCGACCCCUCGCGAGAUGUACGAGCUCGAAUCCCCUGUCAAGGCUGCCGAGCUCGUAGGUACCCAGCAGGAGGUGGUUGAGCUGCCGGCCGUAUCUUACAACAGGUGA